AUCAUGCGUACCAUGAAAUCAACCCUGUUCCACAAAAUCAUACAAAAAACAACACCACUUUACACAUGCUGCCUCAAACUCCAUCACAUUACAUCAUCACUAUAAAUUCCAAAAUCUAAACCCAAACUUUUAUUUUAACAAACUUAUCAAACCUUCAAAAUAUGUUUCCUUUGUACUUCUCUUCUUGCGUGUGUACACUGUUCCGUACUCAAUCGUACAAAAUGAACAAAAAGAUACUCAAAUUCCAUUUUUUUUCCUUUAAGUCCUCAAAAAAGUUCCAAUUUAACUCAAAAACCUCAUCACCAUUAUCAUCAUCACACACACACAAACAAAAAAUUCACAAACACACAAAUUAAGCUCAAAAUCAUAGCAAAUUAACAUUUAAUCCUCCAAAUUACACGGAACAAAGAAAAUCUUAUACAAUCUUGUUUAUUAAAAUCCACUCUCAAAUGUAGCAAUUAACAUAAAGUUGCAAAUUAAUCUCUGCAACAUCAAACAAAAAAACAGGCCCAAGAAUCACCAAAAAAAAUUCUUCACCAACACGUGACUAACACUCACCAAAUCCAUCAUCACAUUAAAAAAAAAAAAAAAAAAUCAAAAUUCAUUCAAUUUUUAUUAUUAAUAUUUAUCUCAGAGUUUGAUUUAUUUAUUUUUUUAUUAUUUUCUCUCCAAAUAGAUCGCUCUUUCUUUCUUUUUUUCUUCUAUCUUCAAUUUUCUGCGAUCGAUCUCGUAAUCGAAUUUCGCCGACAUUUUUAUAACUUAGUAACCUUAUUCUCUUCGAACCUUAAUUUCUUGUCGUGUUUUUUUUCUUCUCUGAACGCGAUUUCAAUUUUCAACUUCUUCGUUACUUUGUUACUCUGUUUCUUCGUUAUUAAAUUUUAGUAUCAAAUUAGGGUUUAUGUUUUGAUUAAUCGUAAUGCGAAUUUGAUAAUUAUUGAUUAUUAUUAUUAUUAUUCGAAUUUGAUAAUUCGAGAAUAUGAUAAUUAAGAAGAAUCUCAAAUCGGAAAUGCCGAGUCGGAAACGGACUAGACUCGGUAACUCGGAGGAAGAAGAAGACGAGUCAAAGUUGACUCAGAUGAAGAACAAGAAGAAGAAAAUUAAUGGUAAUUAUCCGUUAAAUCUUCUCGCCGGUGCAAUUCCGGCUAGUAUUAAGGGAUUACUCGGUGCAAUUCCGGCAACCACCGUGGCAUCAUCGGAAAAUUGCUUUUCUGUAUCUAACGGAAAAGCUGAUAUUAAGAACACGGCAAACGGAACACGGCCUCCGCUUGUUCGAACGUCGCGGGGCCGGCUUCAAGUGUUGCCGUCGCGGUUUAAUGAUUCUAUUAUUGUAAAUUGGAAGAAGGAUGGAAGGAAUUAUGCUGGUGUUGGUGUUGGUGCUGGUGCCGGUGCCGGCGUCACUGCCGGUGCUGCCACGAGCUUUCGUGAAUUUGAAUUUGAUGAAUUAAGUUUGAAGAAUUGUGGUGGAAAAGGGAAGAAUGGUGCAAGUGCAACUUCCGGCCGCCACGGGUAUUCGGUUUUGUGUGAAGAGGUUUUGCAUAAGAAUUUUGGUGUUGCUGCUGCUAACAAUAAAGAAUUGAGUUUGCGUGAGAUUUUUGAGGAAACAAAGUUGAAUAAUGAAGUUUUGAAGAAGGAAGAGAAGAAGAAGAAGAAAGAAGGGUUUUUUGGGCCAGAAGAUUUUUAUGCUGGUGAUUUAGUGUGGGCUAAAGCUAUGAAAAAGGAACCUUUUUGGCCUGCAAUUGUUCUUGAGCCAAUGUCUCAAGCACCUGAGCUGGUUUUGAGAUCAUGUAUAGCUGAUGCUACUUGUGUCAUGUUUCUUGGAUACUCUAAGAAUGAAAAUCACAGGGAUUUUGCAUGGGUGAAAUGUGGAAUGAUUUUUCCAUUUAUGGAUAAUGUAGACAGGUUUCAAGAGCAGUCUGAAUUGAGCUACUGUGAUUCGUCGCAAUUUCUAGCGGCAGUUGAGGAGGCAUUUUUGGCUGAUCAGGGGAUUGUAGAGAAUAUUAUAGAAGAUAUAAAUGCGGUGGCUGGUAGUAAUGGUCGCAGUAAUAGUUCUAUUCUUAAAGAAUUUCAGAAUGUCAGUGUUUCAAGACGGAAUGUGGAUGGUCUUGUUCAAAAGAAGGAUAUAUUUAACGGAAAGAAAAACAUGCGACUUUGUGAUGAAUGUGGAUUGGACCUUCCUUUCAAUACGUCAAAGAAAACAAGGGAUUUGACUCCCGGUGGUCAACUCCUAUGUAAAACAUGUGCUAAGUUAACAAAGUCAAAACAUUAUUGCGGCAUAUGUAAUAAAGUUUGGAAUCGAUCAGAUAGCGGAAGCUGGGUACGUUGUGAUGGAUGUAAAGUAUGGGUGCAUGCCGAAUGCGACAAAAUCUCCAGCAUCCUUUUUAAGAAUCUUGGAAGCACUGAUUACUUCUGUCCUGCUUGCAAAGUGAAGUUUAAUUUUGAAUUAUCUGAUUCAGAAAAAUCACAUCCAAAAGUCAAAUGGAACAAAAACAAUGGGCAGCUAGAACUUCCAAAGAAGGUCACUGUUCUCUGCAAUGGUGUAGAAGGCAUAUAUUUUCCAAGCCUUCACUUAGUAAUGUGCAAGUGUGGUUUUUGUGAGACUGAAAAACAAGCACUUAGUGAAUGGGAACGCCACACAGGUUCCAAAUUUAGAAACUGGAAAGCAAGUAUUCAGGUUAAAGGAUCCAUGGUAUCACUGGAACAAUGGAUGCUGCAGUUGGCUGAAUUUCAUGCUAAAGCUAUAGUUUCUGUCAAACCUAAAAGACCGUCUUCAAAAGCAAGAAAGCAGAAAUUGCUUACCUUUCUGCAAGACAAGUAUGAACCUGUUUGUGCUAAGUGGACUACAGAACGAUGUGCUAUAUGUAGAUGGGUUGAAGAUUGGGACUACAACAAAAUUAUAAUCUGCGUCAGAUGUCAAAUAGCCGUUCAUCAAGAAUGCUAUGGAGCAAGACAUGUUCGAGACUUUACAUCGUGGGUUUGUAAAGCUUGUGAAACACCAGACAUCACGCGAGAGUGUUGCCUUUGUCCUGUAAAAGGUGGUGCUCUAAAGCCUACUGAUAUUGAUCCAUUAUGGGUUCAUGUCACUUGUGCCUGGUUUCGACCUGAAGUAUCUUUUGCUAGUGAUGAGAAAAUGGAGCCUGCUUUGGGUAUCUUGAGUAUUCCAUCAAAUUCUUUUGUGAAGAUAUGUGUUAUUUGUAAGCAAAUUCAUGGUUCGUGCACACAAUGUGUCAAGUGUUCCACAUUUUUCCAUGUCAUGUGUGCUUCAAGGGCCGGUUAUCGCAUGGAGUUGCAUUGUUCAGAGAAAAAUGGUAAACAGACAACAAGAAUGGUUUGUUAUUGUGCUUAUCACAGGGCUCCCAAUCCAGACACUGUUUUGAUUAUACAAACCCCUCAUGGGGUCAUUUCAACUAAAAUACUUAUCCAAAAUAAGAGAAAAGUUGGGUCAAGAUUAAUUUCAUCGAACAGAAUAAAGGUAGAAGAAACUCCUCCAGCAGAUAACACCGAACAUGAUCCAUUUUCUGCUGCUAGGUGCCGAGUCUUUGUAAGAACAAACCACACAAAAAAGAGAGCAGCUGAUGAAGCCAUUCCUCAUAAAGUGAGGGGUCACUGCCAUCAUUCUUUAGAUGCAAUACAGAGAUUAAAUGCAAGCAAAGUGGUAGAUGAGUCUCAGACAUUUUCAUCUUUUAGGGAGCGCCUUCAUCACUUACAGAGAACCGAAAAUGAACGAGUGUGCUUUGGUAGAUCUGGCAUACAUGGAUGGGGUCUAUUUGCACGAAAAAGUAUUCAAGAAGGAGAAAUGGUCCUUGAAUAUCGUGGUGAACAAGUAAGGCGCAGUGUUGCAGAUCUAAGGGAGGCACGUUAUAAAUUAGAAAGGAAAGACUGCUAUCUGUUCAAAAUAAGUGAAGAAGUGGUAGUUGAUGCAACUGAUAAAGGAAAUAUUGCGCGGCUAAUUAACCAUUCUUGUAUGCCAAAUUGCUAUGCAAGGAUCAUGAGUGUAGGUCAUGACGAGAGCCGGAUCGCACUCAUUGCCAAGACUAAUGUAUCUGCUGGUGAUGAACUAACGUAUGACUACUUGUUUGAUCCUGAUGAGCCAGAUGAGUUUAAAGUCCCUUGUUUAUGUAAAUCUCCAAACUGCAGAAAAUUCAUGAAUUAGGAUUUAUUCAGAUCAUGUUGACAAGUAUUGUUUCUCCGCAAGGAGCUCUAACCCGUCGCAUCAUCAAUGGGAACCUCACAGUUAUACACAAGCUGUAAUUUUAAUCAAAGCAUAAGAAAAAAUAUAGAAAAUAAUAGCUGUGGCAUAGUUUUUCUUUUUACCCUCAAAUGCUUUCUUAGAGUUUAUUUCUUCUUUGACAUUCAUCAAAGCCUAUUGAAUUUUGUAUAGAUUUUGUAGCUUUUGGCUCUUGGCUUCUUUGUAAAUGUGUCACAAAAUAUUACCUUAUUUUCUUAAUUUAAUGCUGAUUUAUUAUU